ACCAUGUUUUAUGGGCCAUCCUCCAGCAUGGCUCCGCCGUCCAAGAACCGGCUGAAGCGCCAGAGCCGGCUCUUCUCGCAGGUGCUGUACCGCACCCUGAGCUACAAGGACCGCGGCUCAGCCCCCUCUGCACCCGCUGAGGACGACCCAGCCGAGCUCUCCACCCAGCUCUCGGCCCCUGGCAUCCUGAAAAUCUUCGGGGGCAACAUCUGCGCGGGCACCAACUACAAGAGCGUGCUGGUGACGGGCAGCUCGGGCGCGCGGGAGCUGGUGAAGGAGGCCCUGGAGCGCUACGGGCUGAGCCAGCUCAGCGCCGCGCAGUACGCGCUCUGCGACGUCAUCGGCCGCUUCCAGGGCCCCGAGAAGCAGUGGCAGACUGAGGGGCUGAGGGUGCUGGGCGACCACGAGAAGCCCCUGCUCAUCCAGGACCUCUGGAAGCCCAGGGAGGGCUUCUCGCGCCGGCUGGAGCUGCGCAGGAGGGCCGAGGUGGAGGAGAUGGCGGCCAGGGAUGUGGACACCACCACUGCAGGCAUCAACGCCCAAGCGCGGAAGCUGCAGCGGCACCGGGCGCGGGGGGCCCGGCGGGCGGCGGGGGCUGAGCGGCGCGGGCCCCCCCCGGCCCUGCGGCGCAGCCUCAGCGAGACCAGCCUGGGGACCCCGGCACGCCCGGCGGCGGCGCGGAGCGGCGGCGGCGGCGGCAGCAGCAGCAGCAGCAUGCGGUACUCCCUCUACCAGUCCCCGCACCUCCUGCUCCUGCAGGGCUACAGCCAGCAGCAUGACAGCUUGGUGUACCUGCUGAACCGCGAGCAGCACACGGUGGGCCAGAGGACACAGGCGAGCAAGCCCAGCAUCAGCCUGUCCGCCCCCGACAUCCUGCCCCUGCACUGCACCAUCAGGAAGCUCCGACCCUCCCGGCACCGCUCGGAGGAGAAGCUGGUGCUGGAGCCCAUCGCCGGCGCUGGCAUCUCCGUCAACUUCUCCGAGGUGGCCCGGACGGUGGUGCUGCGGCACGGGGACCUGCUGUCCCUCGGCCUCUACUACCUGCUGCUCUACAAGGACCCCAUGAAGGCGCAGCCGCUGCCAGCACAGACCCUGCUGAGGCUGCGGGCCCUGCACCCCGAGGCUCCCCACGUGUGCGGGGCGUGCGGCAGCCUGCUGAAGGACAGGGACCCCAAAAAGCGGGGCCCGUCGCCCGGCGGCGGCCCCAGGACGCCCCGCAGGAAGCUGCAGCUGGAGUUCGAGCCGGCGGCUCAGGAUGUGCUGCUGCGGCGCAUCAUGACCCUGAUCGAGCCCGGAGGGGACGACCACAAGCUGACACCUGCCUUCCUGCUCUGCCUCUGCAUCCAGCACUCGGCCACCAACUUUGAGCCGGGAGACUUCGGGCAGCUGCUGCUCAAAGCGGCCAAAAUGAUCCAGAGGACGGUGUGGGAGCGGACGCGGGAGCUGGCUGAAAAGCAAUCCCAGCACCAGGACCCUGCCACCCUGUCCCGCUUCACCAUCACAGACCUGCUCCCAGACCUGCAGCACAUCAUCUUCUGGAUGGCCAAUGCCAUUGAGAUCCUCUACUUCGUCCAGCAGAAAUCACCCACCUACAUCCAGAGCAUGGAGGAAGAGCUGGACAUCAAAGGCUCCAAGGAGUCUCUGUUCUCCUCGACCAUCACGGCCAGCGAGGAGGCGAUGACGGUGCUGGAGGAGGUGAUCAUGUACACCUUCCAGCAGUGUGUCUACUACAUCUCCAAGUGUCUGUACGUGUCGCUCCCCGCCCUGCUGGAGUGCAACCCCUUCCAGAGUGAGUGCCGGGAGGGCUGGCGGGGGACUCCGCCUCUGCCCGAGGAGCUCCGCAGGGUCGUGCUCAUCUACCAGGCUGUGCUGGACCUGCUCCACCAGUACGAAGUGCACCCCGAGAUCACCUCCCAGAUGUUUGCCUACCUCUUCUUCUUCUCUAACACCCUGCUCUUCAACCAGCUCCUGGAUAAGGGCUCCUCUCUGGGCUGCUAUCACUGGUCUCAGGGGGUGAAGCUGCGGGCCAGCGUGCGGCUGCUCCUGGAAUGGCUGCACGGCGCCGGCUUCGAGCAGCUCUCCCAGCAGUUCUUCUCCAAACUGGCCAGCGUGGCCAACCUGCUGGCCAUGCCCGGCUCCCAGCUGGUGCAGAUGACCUGGCCAUCCCUGCGAGCCGAGUUCCCAGCACUGAGCCCCGCGCAGCUGCACCGGGUGCUGAGCCAGUGCCAGGCAGUGAUGGAUGUGGGCUGCAUCUCAGCAUGGCAGCCCAGUGAGGAGGAGAGCCCAGCCACCUUCCAGCCUGAUGAUGUGCUGGAGUCCUUUGACAACCACCCACCCAUCAUCCUGCCCAGUGGGGGCUUCAAGGUGGACCUGGAGGUGGAGACAUUGGAUGACAACAUCUACAGACACCUCCUUUACAUCCGCCACUUCCUCUGGAGCCUGCAGAGCAGGAGCCCCCACAGCAGCGAGGGGCCAGGCUCAGCACUCCCAAAGAAAGAGGCAUGCCCGACGCCGGAGGUGCUGGAGGUGAGCGAGGGCCCGGCAGCCGCCCCAGGCAGCACCAUCACAGUCCAGGAGGAUUUUUGCUGCCUGGGGGGCUGUGCUGAGCCACAGGGGAACCCCAAACUCUGCCUGGCCACCAGCGCCUGCCCCUGCGAGCCCCCUGCCGGCGAGCCCCAGCUCCAGGAGAAGCUCCAGCAGCUGCAGCUGGGCAGGAGCCCGGUGCCCAAGGGUGGCACGGUGCCCCCAGACCCCUCCUGCCUGCUGACACCACCCACCACCCCCCUGAACUUCGACUCGGGGAGCCCGGAGUCCCCGCAGGGCACCGGCAAAGGGCUACAGGACGCCCGGAGGAACGGGAUGAACGGCACCAAAGGCAGCACCCCUGAAGGCUGCUCCCCGACCCCCUAUGACUACCCCACGCCGGAGUCCUCCAGCCGCAGCUCUGCCACCGAUGACUUCUGCUACGUCUUCGUGGUGGAGCUGGAGAGGGGACCCAUCGGGCUGGGGAUGGGGCUGAUCGAUGGCGUGCACACCCCUCUGUGCUCCCCGGGGAUCUACAUCCGCACCCUGAUCGAGGACAGCCCCGCGGCCGCCGACGGCAGGCUCUCCAUUGGGGACAGGAUCCUGGCUGUCAACGGCACCAGCCUCAUCGGGGCAGACUACCAGAGUGCCGUGGAUCUCAUCCGCUCCGGGGGGAAAAAGCUGCGGUUUCUGGUUGCCAAGUCGGACAUUGAAAUAGCCAAAAAGAUCAGUUCCAGCUCCUCUUCCUCCUAGUCCUUGUGGUACAGGAAUCCUGCAGCAGCUUGUGGCUACAGCUCUGGUCAAGGCUGACCUCAGGGAGCCUGGAGUGCAAGAGGGAGGACCAGGACUCCACAACAGCCCUCGAUGUGCUUUUGGACACUUGGCCCCUGCACUGCAGCAGAAAGGACAUGCAAGGAUGGUGCACGCUUCUCCCACUGCACUGCCUGGGAGCAUCAUUCCUGAUCCAUUGCCCAGCCACACCUCAUACCCAGUGUCAUCCUUCUCAGGAGCUUUCCUGUUCCUUUGUCCCCUCUGGCAGGGGGAGGGAAGGGAAUGCUCCCACCACGAGGACUUGUAGGCAGGCUCCUCUGUUCCUCUAGGCUGGCAGCCCUGUGGGAUAUUUUAUGCUGACAGGC